AGAGGAGGCAUAAUAAUAAAAGGACAUAAACAAUGGCUUUGCUAACGAUGAUAGCCCGUGUCAUAGAUGGUCUUCCAUUAGUGGGUACCAUGCAAGAUGAUGAACAGACUGGUCGCAGCAUUAUGGAGUAUCAAAAUCAAGCCAAAAUGUUAUUCCGCAAAUUGGGCUCACACUCACCCAGCAGAUGUAGCAUAGAAACCGGUCCAUAUUUAUUUCACUAUUUAAUAGAAAAUGAUGUCUGCUAUUUGGUAAUGGUGGAUAAAAUGUAUUCAAAGCGUUUGGCGUUUAAUUACCUAGAAGAUUUGGCCCAAGAAUUUCAUGCAAACUAUGGCCGAAAAGUAAAUUCAGUGACAAGACCCUAUGCCUUUAUCGAAUUCGAUGUUUAUAUACAGAAGGCAAAGAAACAAUUGACCGAUCGUAGACGUAAUAUAAAUACAAUUAAUACACAAUUGCAGGAUGUCCAGAGGAUAAUGGUUCAAAACAUCGACGAUGUCCUACAACGCGGUACAGUUUUAUCAGAACUUGAUACAAAAACUCAAAAUCUUUCCAUGAUGUCCCAAAAAUAUAAGAAAGAUGCCACCUAUCUAAAUCGUAAAUCGAUGUAUGUUAAAGCUGCUGCGGCCGGUAUUGUUGUUAUAGUUUUUAUUUUAUACUUUUGGGUUUUGUAAUAUUAAGAGCAGAACGACAAAAAAUGGAGA